GUUGCUAUGGUUAACAUAUGGGUGGCAGCUGCCGAUAAUCAAAGAGAGGUGGUGGAGAAGUACAUCAGUUCGGGUGAGUUUGCUGCUGAUGCCAAAGAUCCCAACGGAUACACCCCCAUCCACGCUGCGGCCUCUUAUGGCCAUUUGGAGUUGUUGCAGUACUUGAUAGACAAACAGGGCGACGUCAACGUGCAAGACGCCGAAGGUGACACCCCCCUCCAUCACGUAGAGGACGUUGCCACUGCCAAGUACUUGGUGGAGAAAUUGGGUGCGGACUACAAGAUUAAGAACAACGAUGGCAUGACUGCCGUAGAGUACAUCGAGGACGAUGACGAGUUUCCCGAAGUGGUAGAGUACUUGAGAACGUUGGCUCACGGCGGUGUGGACGACUCCAGGGUGGAGGAUGCCAACGACUUUGUGGCCUCAUUGCCAGCGCCUGGCACCGUCGACGGUCACCAGAUCAGAUACACCCUCGAGAGCGACCCAUCCAAGCAGGAACAGGAGGAGCUUUCUGAGGAGGAGUUGGCCGAGAGACGCAAGAAGAUUGAAGCUAUCUUGAACAGCGACAACCCCGAGGAGGGCUUGCGGGACAUUGUGAGGAAUGCUGUGCAAGAGGGCAUGAUGAACUUCCAGGCCGAAUCUGCAGACGAGCCAGACUCCAAGAAGAGAAGAUAGGAGGUGUACUAUGAAAAGAGGAAACAUGCCUCAUUGCGGAUGUCUUUCCCACAGGUGCUCCCACGCGCAGAGUGGAAUGGCCCACUUCGGUGUAGGAUGGCCCAGGGAUCCGACUGAGUGCCACUAAUACAUUUC